AUGUUGCAAGGAGUCACAAGACUUGUGUUGGUGUUUCAGGUUGCUACUCGAACAAGGACACCAAUGGCUCGGGAUUCCCCGGCUUGUCCCUCGCCGUCUGAACUGGACGUGCCCUUCCGCCUCCACUCGUCGGGGCUGCCGGUUGGGGAGCGCGGUUCUUGUAAGGAUGCAAGCAGUGUUCUUGGAAGUGAAGGAAGCUUCAACACUACGGAGAAGAAUUUCAAAUGCACAGUUUGCCUGAAAAGGUUUCAGACUGAAUUACAGCUUAGAGCUCACCUGGAAGCGCAUCUCGUGAGCUGGAAUGGAGUCAAGAUGUCAGAAUGCAAAAUUUGUUUUAAAAAGUUUUCUUACUCCUAUAUUAAGACGCAUCUUAUGACACACUCAGGCGAGCUCUAUGAAUGUGUAGUUUGCGCUGCUCAGUUCAAUCUCUACUGCGACCUGAGAAUUCAUGUUCGCAUCCAUACGAGGGAAAAGCCGUUCGACUGCCCAGUUUGCAGUUACAAGUUUAGGACGGCAUACCAGAUGCGAGUUCAUCUAAGAACCCAUACAGGAGAAAAGCCCUUCCAGUGCGAAGUUUGCCCGAAGAAGUUUAGACAGCCAAGCCAUCUUAGAACUCAUCUGCGAACCCACACAGGGGAAAAGCCCUAUAAGUGCACAGUUUGCAACAAAUCCUACAGUGAGUCAGGAAAUUUUAGGGUUCAUCAACGAACGCAUACAGGUGUGAAGCCGUACGAGUGCAAAGUUUGCAGUAAGAAGUUUAAUCAGCCAAGCCAUCUUCGGUAUCAUGUCCGAAUUCAUUCAGGAGGCCUGCCUUUUGAGUGCACAUUUUGCAAAAGAAAGUUUAGACAGGAUGGCACUCUCCGAAGUCACCUCAGAACCCAUACGGGCAAGAAGCCUUAUUCUUGCAUUGUUUGCAAAAAAGAAUUCACCACCGGUUCUGGUCUAAGGAGCCACCUUCGAGUCCAUACAGAUAGCAAGCCGUUCAAGUGCAAAGUUUGUGACAAAGACUUUCGCCAUUCUUUUUCUCUAAGAACUCAUCUUAGAGUUCAUACGAAGGAGAUGCCUUAUGAGUGCCAAGUUUGCAAAAUGAAGUUUCGUUACUCUUCUAAUAUCAGGAAACACCUUCGGACCCAUUCUGCAGGAAGAGAUUUGGCUUCAGUCUGA